CCGCAGUGGUCAGACUCGAGGAGUUGCAAUGGGCAGACGACCCCACGACCGGUGUGGUUUCGAGUGUGGACAAGAACCUUUGCAGCGGCCGAGUGCCGACUGUGCCAAGCAGCUUUGUGGUGAAGCUCAGCGUGUGGUGUUCAGUUCAUGGCUGAGCGCCAAAGACGUUUCGCCGAUGAAGACCUGGUGUUCAGAAACCAUCACAAUGGCAGAGCCCGAGGAUGAUAUCCCCCUGUCACCUCGUGCUGUGGCGUGGUUGGAAUGGUUGGACAAUUAUGUUGGAAAAGCUUCCACAUUGAAGCUGCUGCUUCCGACCAACACGCCGUCCAGCGAAACAUCGCCCGGCAUCAACAAGACAGGUCGUGAAUGGACUGGCGCUCAUGGUAUGAGUGCGCUGCGCACCGCUUACACGACUAUGCCCAACACGGCUCAGGGCGCCACCUUCUAAAUCACAUGUGUAAUUUGAAAUUGAAAAGAGUCCAUAAACCCCGCCUGUCUAGAGACAUGCGGAUCCUUAGCAGCCUUGCAGUAACAAAGCUCAGACCAACUCACCAGCAACCAUGAUAUUCGCCAAGCAGCCCAGGAAAUGGUUUCAAAUCUUUUGGAUCAUUUUGGGUUCCUUGGGCACCGUGGUCUGCGGCAUCGGGGCCGCUCUGGCUUGCAUGGCUGAGCGUGAUGCCGCCGCUGCUGGGCCACAUGUGGACGAGAGUCAAGGUGGGGUUGCCAUUCCCGAGUACGUGCUGGCGGCGAUUCUUCAGUGGAACGUUCGGAUCCUCCAGAUGGACGCUGACUUCCGCCGAUGCACCUGGCGUGACGACAUGGUCAACACCUGCCGCAGGCCGCCGAUGCACAAGGAGGUGCAAAACCAAACGGUGGGAAUUCUAGGGCUCGGCACCAUCGGCCGCGGCGUCGCGGAGCGCGCCGCGGGGCUGAAGAUGCGGGUCUGCGCGGUGGACGCCAAGCUGCCCGCGACGGUGCCGCCCUACAUGGCCUGGGUAGGCACAGACGCGGAGCUGCCGCGGCUGCUGAAGGAGAGUGACUUCGUGGUGGUUUCCGUGCCGCUGCUGCCACAGACCAAGGGCAUGAUCGGAAUCAAGGAGCUUGCGCAGAUGAAGCCGGAUGGUGUGCUCAUCAACAUUGCUCGAGGGCCCAUCGUGGAUGAGGUGCCCUUGUGGACAGCGCUGCAGAACCAGCGGAUAGGUGGCGCAGUGCUGGAUGUCUGGUGGAAUGAUUUCUCGUGGUUCCAAAAUGGCACUUGGCCUUCCACCUUCAACUUCAGCAGCCUGCCGAAUGUCUGGAUGACGCCUCAUGUCAGUGUGAACACGGCCGAGGCACAUGAGACCACCCUGGAUCAGGCUGCAAGUAACCUUUUGGCCUUAAGCCGUGGAAAGCCUUUCCAGAAUGUGGUCCGCAACGCGAGUGACGCCGGUUCCGCCGGUCAGCGGCCAGCGGUGUUGUUGGCAUGA